AGUUGCCGAAGCUAGCUGCGCUGAGAGGAAGAAGGCUGCCAAGUAACAAAAGUCAUCCAUCGAACUCAAGUUAUAACGUUAGAGAUGUUUUAACAAUUUCUUUCUAUGAAAAAUGUGUGGCUCAGUAUCCCGUCUUCAGCUUACCCUAGCUAUUAUAAAACCUGAUGUUGUAGCACAUCCUUACAAAUUUGGGACAAUAAAGCAGAUAAUUCUUCAGAAUGGGUUUCUUGUUGUUUGCUCGAAGAGGUUGCAGUGGUCAAAAUCAGAUGCAGCAAGAUUCUAUGCCGAACAUGAAGGUCGAUUCUUCUACAAUCGUCUUGUUGGCUUUAUGACGAGUGGUCCUAUGUGUGCUCAGGUUUUGGCAGGAGACAAUGCAAUAGAAAGAUGGCGGAAAUUGAUGGGACCUACAAAAACAUUCAGAGCGAAACACCUUGAACCAAACUCUAUCCGUGGAGAGCAUGGCUUAACAGACACAAGGAAUGCAGCUCAUGGCUCAGAUUCCCCUGAGACUGCUGCGAAGGAAAUCAACUUUUUCUUCCCAGAAUUCAAUAUCGCCCAAUGGUAUGAGCGGGAUGAACCAUUAUUCAGAGGAGGGGAGAUUGACUUUUGUACAGAUAGAGGGAUCCAUAUACCAAAUCCAAGCUUCAUGUAUUCAGAAAGAUGACACAUGUUAAAAUGACAUUUAUUAAUUUAUACAACUGUAUGAGGGUAGAUAUUCAGAAAGCAGAAAAGAGUCAUGUUGAAAUCUUUAAAUUAUUUGAGUGUGUUUACUCUUGCUCAAUAAAGAAGCUGUGCUUCUGAUCGUACAUGUAUGAGAAUCUCACCACCCAGCCCGAAAAACCAAAACAAGUCACAAAGUUGUAUCAGUUCGGGAAACAGUGCAACAUUCCUUGAUCAUCCAUUGAUUUGUUGUCAUAAAUGCUGAAGGAUCGCAUGCACAAAAAUGUAAGAGCAGCAUCGUGCGAACAGCCAUAACCGAAGUUUAGUUUGGUAAAGUUUGGUUUUCAUGUGGUGCGCAAACUGUUUGUGAUGGAUUCAAAUCCCCCCCCCACCCCUCCACAAAUGGCAAAGACACACUUUGCUUAUAAUGCUCUAAUAGCAUACUGAAUAUACUCGGGGUCUUAGUAGCAUAUGACAAACUGCUCGCCAAGUUACAUGUAGGUGACUGUAUUCAAAUUGUAUGGUGAAUUCAAACGCUUCUCUUUUAUCUCCCAAGUUUUCAAUGCCCAACUAUACAGUGGCUCAUUUA